AUGACCAUAGUGAGUGAAACACUCGAUUUCGGGGGUGAGCAACUGGUUCAGAGAAUCGAGGGCUCGAAUGAUCUAAUACAGAAAGUGAGCAAUCAAGUCUAUCAGGCUCGAACGGGAGUGAGUCAAAUUCCAGAUUUACGAAAAGAAGUUCGACUGCUUGAGAGUGUCAUGUUCAAGUGGCAAGAGGCAAAUCAGACAUCUCGUAAAUUGGAGAAUCGUAUGUCGGAAACCGUGUCCGAUUUGAAAAGUGUUAUGGAUCGAUUACGUCAGAUGAACAAUCAGUUGCGUGAUGUGCUAAAUGAACGUCAUACACAAGCAAAAGUGGUACAACAACCGUUCAUAGAUCUACAGAAUCUCGUGGACCGUGUCUCCAAAGCCCGUUCCGUGGGCUGGCAUGCACUUGAUGAGGCUCAGAAGAAACUUGCUCGUUUGGAAGGUGCGAUUGUCUUUAUCAGUAUUGUUGCUGGUGUUUGUCCAAAUUGGCUUUUGUUACAAUUAGACUUUGAGGACUAUGUAGCUCGCACUAAGGCUUUGGUUCCUGAUACAAUGUCCGCAAGAGAAGACCUUGAAAAGCGCUUAGCGGAUAUUCAAGCCAAUGUGAAGGAUUUGCAUAAUCAGGCCAAACAAGAGUUGGUUCGUGCCUACGAUCUCAGCAAUCGAACGGAUGAAUUACAACAAGUACUGGAAGACCUCAAAUCAUCCGUUGGUGGCGAUCAAUUUGAUGUUUUACGAAUGCGUAUUCGUUGCAUGUAA